AUGUCGAGUCCAUGGUUCAGGCUCCGACUGGCACUGUUGAUCGUGCCGUGCAAUCAUGACUCAAGCUCGAGUUACUCGGUACACGGCGUUGCCUCGAAUGCGCAGACUAACACAGUCCCGAGGGAAUGGAUUCAUGUUGUCGGCGACCCCCUUUGCGAACGGCGUGGUUACUCAAAGCCUCUUGCAGUGGUCGGUCUUGGCGACCGGGUGGGAGAGGUAAAACAAAAGAGGCGAAGGAGACAAGGCGAAGGCAAGGCGAAGACAAGGCAAAGACGAGGCAAAGACAAGGCGCGGGAAACGGGAAAGAGACCGGUCCACGCUCACGCCCUAGAGGUCCUCACAGCUUGA